AUGAGUGCCAACAGCAACCAGAUGAAUCCGAUUAAGCAUCCCUUGCGGGCUACGGCGGAAAUGAUAGGUAGCGAGACCCAGGGAGAACGCCGUCCACCUCGCGUAAGCCAUAUGCAAGGGGCGAAUGAGGGUCCAGCAGAUGUGAUUGCCAAAGUCUCGGGGGCAACGAAGGGUGGCAAACGAGAGGACGACGGUCCCUACUUUACAAACAACGAAGGGAUACCUUUUCCAGAUCCGGCACACAGCAAAACCGUUGGUGGUCUGCCACUGGCCAGCGACGUCUUUCUCUUCCAAAAGCAGCAGCAUUUUAAUAGAUCAAAAAUCCUUGAGCGAAUGGUGCAUCCUUGCGGAUCAGGUGCUUUUGGGUACUUUGAAUGCACGCAAGAUGUCACUGGGCUCACGAAAGCCGAUUUCUUAUCCAGGGUAGGGGAGAAGACUCCCGUCUUUGUCCGGUUCUCGACGGUGACGUUGGGGCGCGAGUUCCCCGAUGAGGCCCGGAACCCGCGAGGUUUUGCCAUCAAGUUUUACACCACGGAAGGCAACUACGAUAUCGUUGGGCUAAACUUUCCCGUAUUCUUUUGCAGAGAUCCUAUCCAGGGCCCAGACGUCAUUCGGUCGCAGUCGAGGAACCCGCAAAACUUUCUCCUGGAUCACGAUGCCUUGUUUGAUCUUCUCGCCAACACUCCAGAGGCCAACCAUGCUGGGUUAAUGUUUUUCAGUGACCAUGGCACGCCGCAGGGGUGGCGAUUCAGCCACGGUUACGGCUGCCACACCUUCAAAUGGGUGAAUGACAAGGGCGGCUUUGUCUACAUCAAGUAUCACUUCAUCGCCAAGCACGGCCAGAAACAAUUUACCGAAGACGAAGCAGUACGAAUGUGCGGUCAAGAUCCCGACUAUUCGAAACGGGAUCUUUGGGCUACUAUCGAACGUGGCGAGGAGAUCGAAUGGACCGCAUACGUGCAAGUCAUGGACCCCAACAUGACGGACCCCGAGUCGCUUGGAUUCGACCCAUUCGACGUCACCAAAGUCUGGCCGCGAAAGGAUUUUCCCAUGCAGGAGUUUGGUCGCCUUGUACUCAACAAGAACCCUGAGAAUUUCCAUCGGGAUGUAGAGCAGGCGGCAUUCUCCCCAGGAAGCAUGGUUCCCGGCAUUGAAGAUUCGCCCGAUCCUCUUCUCCAGUUCCGCAUGUUCUUCUACCGCGAUGCGCAGUACCACCGGAUUGGCGUGAAUUUACACCAAGUCCCCGUAAACUGCCCCUUUAUGGCGAAGUCAUACGCGUCUCUCAACUUUGAUGGGCAAAUGCGCGUCGACGCUAAUCACGCCGGAAACAAGCAAUAUGCUCCCAACAGCUUUGCUCACAAAUUCCGUCCAGACGUAGCCGAAGCUCCAUAUGAAGUUCAAGACGCCGUUUCUAGCAGGAAAAGCCAUUUCUGGCACGAAGGGAAGAGGAACGACUAUAACCAGGCCGCCGAGUUGUGGACAAGAGUCAUGACAGACCAGCAGCGACAGCACACUAUCUCUAAUACGGUAAAAUGGCUGAUCCGGGUCAACUACUCCGAGAUCCAAGUCAAGUAUCUUGCGCAACUUUACAAUAUAUCUCCCGACUAUUCCCAGGGAGUUUAUGACGGGCUGACAGAUCCAGAGUUUGACAUUUCAGAAUUGAAAAAACGCGCAGAGUGUGCUUAUGAAUGGUAUAAGGAAGAGAAAUUCCGCCCUGCGACAAAGGGCAAGCCUUCCGGCGUCCCACCGUCUCAGCAGGUCUAUAAUUGA